GGGAAGCUUUACUUAAGAAUGAUGUGAUUUCUAAAGAGGAUUGCGUUAAAAGACUUACCACUGCUAAUAUCAAUUCAAAUCAAUUCUCUGCUUUAGUUUGUUUUACAUUUAAUCUUGGAUGUGGUGCCUAUGAAGAUUCUUCUAUACGUAAAAAACUUAAUGCUGGUGAUAUAAAAGGUGCUGCUAAUGAUUUUGCUUUAUUCAACAAAGCUGGAAAAACAGUACUUAAGGGUCUAGUAAGACGUCGUAAAGCUGAGAGAGAUUUAUUUUGCAAAAGUGGUGGAUGUUAA